CUAUGAGACCCCAGUGUGUGAAAGCGAUGCCAGAUCGAAGAACACAGAGAUUGAUGAUCCAUUCAAGGACAGAGAGCUUCCAGGCUGCCCAGAAGGGAAGAAAGUUGAAUUUAUUACCAGCUUACUUGAUGCUCUGACUACAGACAUGGUACAGGCUAUUAACUCAGCAGCACCUGCUGGGGGUGGGAGGUUCUCUGAGCCAGACCCCAGCCACACACUGGAGGAGCGAGUGGUACACUGGUACUUUAGCCAGCUGGACAACAACAGCAGCAAUGACAUCAACAAGAGGGAGCUGAAGCCUUUCAAGCGUUAUGUAAAGAAGAAAGCCAAGCCCAAGAAAUGUGCCCGACGUUUCACUGACUACUGUGACCUCAACAAGGACAAGUCAAUCUCGCUUCAGGAGCUGAAAGGGUGCUUGGGAGUCAGCAAGGAAGGAGGUAGCCUGAGCAGUUUCCCCAAUGGAAAAAGACAAGGCCUUAACCCUUUCAUAGGUCGCCUGGUGUAGCAGCAGAAGACAGGAAGGGAAGGCAGGAGCCAGCCCAAAGGAAAGAAAGAUCCAGUGACAGACGGACAGACACCUUGCUGCUUGUGAGCAAGCAUGCAGCAUCAGCAACAUCCAAUGUAGCAGAAGUGGCACCCAGAAUGUUUGCACUUUUUAAUAAUUGAUUUGGGUUUGGGUUUGUUUUUAAUUGCUUUUCAAUGCCAUUAUCUAAUACUUUGGAGAGUGGGGGGAAGCAGGAUCAUGACUUUUUAAAAUUUGAACAGCUACUGAUGACAUAAAAUUGAGUUCACAGGGACUCAAAGAUAAUUUUAUAUACUGUAUAUAAAUAUAUAUGUAAAUUGU